AUUAUUUUAUUCAGCCUUCAUUCACAGCUAGCCAAAUACGGUGAAAGAAAGGGCAUCUUUUAUGUAUGUACGUACGGCGACUGCAAGUUCUACAAAUUCAUUCUCAGCUGUCCUACCUGCAUUUCCUUUCUUUCCCCUUUGCAUCAUCUCGGCGUCAGAGACCAGAAAGAGAAGAAUGUUCUAUACCUUCAUUCAACCCUUACGUUGGCGCAGCGCGCAUCAAAGAAAGAAAGGAUCAACAACGGCUGCACAACGCUCCUUACAACACUCCUUAAAAGGAUCAACAACGGCUGCUGCACAACAACACUCUUUAAAAAGAUCAUUUGGUCAUCAAUUAAAACAUAUGCAUGUACGAUUAGCGUGAUGCGCUUACUGUUUGGCGUAGUAAGCCUAUACCAUAAAAAG